AUGUCAAACGUAUUGAGAGUUCAAUCAAAAGUAUUGUCAAAUAUUUGUGCCAAACAUUCAAACAAAUGUUUAUUUCGUGUAAACAUAAGUUUUAUUCAAAAUAUCAAUAAAUUUAAGUUUAAUUUUAUAUCAUAUCGUUGUUUGUCAUCAAAUCAUAAGUCAAACAAAAGUAGUUUAUUAUCUGAGAGACCAAACAAUUUGCAAUCAGAGCUAACAAUUGGCGAAAAAGUGAAGCAAACGACUCAAGACAUCACAUCUAUUGGUGUCAUAAUCGCCGGCAUCGGAGUCACAGCUUUUAUAUUUUGGGCCAUUUUUCGGGAAUUGUUUUCAUCGGCCAGUCCUUCAGGACUUUAUUCAAGUGCACUAAAACUAUGUAAAAAUGAUACGCGAGUUACGGAAGCCAUCGGCGAACCAAUCAAAGGGUUUGGCGAAAUGAGUUCACGCGGUCGGCGCCGACACGUGAGUGCCGUUGAAUACGAAAAGGACGGACAGACUGUCAUUAGAGUCAAGUUUUAUCUGAAGGGUCCCAAAGCCAGUGGAACCGUUCAUUUAGAGGCUUUCAAGAAGAAAUCAAACUCACAAUUUAGAUAUCUUUUUGUUGAAUUAGACCAUUCAAGACAAGUGAUAGUUCUGGAGGACAACAGACUUAUUGAAGACAAACCUAUCUUUACUGCACACCAAUAGUGAAGAUAACAAGUUUUACAUUAA